AGCCAAAGAGAAACACCUUCUAUAUAUCACAGUACAUUCAAGGGCUUUAUGUCCUCUCAACAAUGGCGACUACCCCUACCAACUGCACCUCAGCUCGGGAUGAAUCCGACUACGAGAGCAGCUGCUCCUCCACCACGCUGCCAGACACUGGACGGAGCUGGCUGAGUAACCUCAGCUUCAGCAGCCGCCGCACGAGCUCUGUCUCCGUCAGCUCCUCGGCCACCGAGACGGCCUCACUCAGCGGCUCCAACAAGCCCCACAAGGCUAACCAGACAGCUUGGGAGGCCAUGAAGCGGCUAAAGAGCAUUAGGGGAGGCCGAGUCGGGCUCGACCACUUCCGCCUCCUCCGCCGCCUUGGGAGCGGCGAUAUUGGAAAUGUUUACCUCUGCCAGAUAAGGAACCCGGGAGCGGCAGGGAUGCCGGAGCAGCAGUGCUACUACGCGAUGAAGGUGGUGGACCGGGAGGCACUAGCCAUAAGGAAGAAGCUCCAGAGAGCCGAUAUGGAGAAGGAGAUCCUAGGGAUGCUCGACCAUCCAUUCCUGCCCACUCUCUAUGCCGAAUUCGACGCCUCCCACUACUCUUGCCUGGUGAUGGAGUUUUGCCCCGGUGGCGACCUCUACGCUGCUCGGCUCCGCCGCCCGGGCAAGCGCUUCCCCAUCUCAACUGCAAAGUUUUAUGCUGCUGAGGUCCUCUUGGCCCUUGAGUAUCUACAUAUGAUGGGCAUCAUCUACAGAGAUCUCAAGCCUGAAAAUGUACUUGUCCGGGAAGACGGUCACAUUAUGCUGUCCGACUUCGACCUCUCCCUCAAGUGCGAUGUCGUGCCGAGACUCCUGCGCUCCAAACGCACAGUACCCGACCCGGCCGAUAGGGACGACGACCUGCUGAACUGCUACACUCCAACAUGCGCCACCCCAGUCCAGCCCGUCCUCUCGUGCCUCCGGUCGUCGUCGUCGUGUAAGAAGUCGACAGCAGCAGUUGUGGGGAUUACCGCGGAGCUGGAAGACUAUGACCCGGAGCUGGUGGCGGAGCCGAUCACAGCGCGGUCGAAGUCGUUCGUGGGGACACACGAGUACCUCGCGCCGGAGGUGAUAUCGGGGCAGGGCCACGGGAGCGCAGUGGACUGGUGGACCCUAGGGGUGUUCCUGUACGAGAUGCUGUACGGGAGGACACCCUUCAAGGGGGAGAACAACGAGAGGACCCUAGUGAACAUACUGAAGCAACAUUUGACUUUUCCUAGUAUUGGGGUCAGCACAAGCAAGGAGUACGAGGAGAUGGUCAGAUUGCAAGACCUGAUAGCCAAGCUGCUGGUCAAGAACCCUAAGAAGAGGAUUGGGAGUGUGAAGGGCUCGAUUGAGAUCAAGCGGCAUGAGUUCUUCAAGGGUGUCAACUGGGCUUUGAUUAGGUCGGUGAGGCCGCCAGAAGUCCCGAGUAAUCUCUCCAAGGUCGGGUCUAGGGUUCCUAGUAAUAAUUCCUUCCCUAAGCUGACCAAGAAGGAGCGGGAAGCCCCUUAUCAAUUAUCUCAUAAUUUCGACUAUUUCUAAUAGUUAAUGUAGCAAUUGCGCGCCUAGUUUAGUUAUAUACAGCCUUGUUUUUCAAUUAUUAGACCACGAGGCAUUCAGUUCUCAGCUUGUUGGCCGAGACGACGUGAUGACUAAUCCAACCGGUGCUUUGAAAUUGUACAUUUGAAGCAUAGGUUAAUCUCAUAAAUUGACAUGAAGAAGCAAAUAUAUAUAUAUAUAGAGAGAGAGAGAGAGAGAGCAGAUGUGUAAUGGAACACUACCAGAGAUUGUCGUUUCAUUUUCUAUCUUUUUUGCUUUAUAUGUCAUCUUUUAUUUAUCAUUAGGAUUGAUAGAGAUGUGUAACUUAAUAUGCUUCGAGGUCUAUUUUAAAUUAUUAAUUAAA